GCUCUUUAUAGUGUAAUGUCGCAGAUUAUAAGGAGCUCGGGGGUUUAGGGUUUUGUCGAUCCUUUCUCGUAUCAUCACAGCAACUCGUUUCCUUCUCCUUCUUCGUAAAUCAAUUUGGGCCUUUAGGGAUUCUGUCUCGCUCGAAUCCUCACGAUUUCUGCUAGGGGAUGGCGUUUGCUUCUGGUUUCCGUCGCGUUCUCGGUGGUCAGUCUACGCCUUCGCUUCUUCAGAGCUGGAGAUUUGCUCCAAUACGUCUGAACUCUUCUUCCUUGACCACUCCAAAGCUCUUUGUCAGUGGCCUUUCAAGGUUAACCACAGAUGAAAAGCUGAAGGAGGCAUUCUCUCCAUUUGGCCAGCUUCUUGAAGCAAACGUCAUAACAGACAGGGCCUCUGGAAGAUCAAAGGGGUUUGGCUUUGUAAGAUAUGCAACCAUAGAAGAAGCAGAGAGUGCUCGAGAAGGGAUGAAUGCCAAAUUCUUGGACGGGUGGGUUAUUUUUGUUGAUCCUGCAAAACCUAGAGAGCCAAGGCCCCCACCUAAGCCAGAACCGGAGUCUUCAGAAACUGGUUUCACGGUAAACAAAACCAUUGGAUGGUGUGGGUGAUUCUAUUGAUUGGAAGAAUUAAGUCGUCUUGGAUUGUUUGGUUAGAAACACUUGUUCUGUUGGAUGGAAUGAAAAUCGAUGGAAGAAAUUCUGUCUACCGUGGUCCCUUUUUUUAACUAUUUCCAUCAAUUGCCACAGCUGCACUUGAGGUGGGACUGUUUAUUGCAUCUCUCUUCCUGAACAUUAAUAUUAAUGAAAUUGUAUCAUUUUAGA